AUGGAAGCAAGGAGCAGUGUGACUUACUUUGUCCUCCUGGGCCUCACACAGAAUCCAAAGGAGCAGAAAGUCCUUUCUGUUAUGUUCUUGCUCUUCUAUAUUUUGACUGUGGUGGGAAACCUGCUUAUUAUUGUGACUAUAACCGUUAGUAAGACCCUGAACUCACCAAUGUACUUUUUUCUUGCUAGCUUAUCAUUUAUGGAUAUCACUUAUUCCUCUUCUAUUACUCCCAGGUUGAUUUCAGACUUGUUCUUUGGGGAAAAAAUCAUAACUUUUGAAUCUUGCAUGACACAGCUGUUUACAGAGCACUUUUUUGCUGGAUCCGGGGUCUUCCUUCUGCUGGUGAUGGCCUAUGACCGCUAUGUGGCCAUCUGUAAGCCCUUGCAUUAUUUGGUGAUCAUGAGGCAAAGGGUGUGUGUUUUACUGUUGGUGGUGUCCUGGGUUGGAGGUUUUCUACACUCAGUAAUUCAACUUGGCACUAUUUACAGGCUCCCAUUCUGUGGCCCCAAUGUCAUUGAUCACUUUAUCUGUGACAUGUUCCCAUUAUUAAAACUCGUCUGUACUGACACCUAUGUCAUUGGCGUCUUAGUUGUGGUCAACGGAGGACUGAUCUGCAGUCUUGGGUUUCUGCUCUUACUCAUCUCCUAUGGAGUCAUCCUGCACUCUCUGAAGAACCUGAGUCAGGAAGGGAGGCGGAAAGCCCUCCAGACCUGUGGUUCCCACAUCACUGUGGUUGUCUGCUUCUUUGUUCCCUGUAUUUUCAUAAACACAAGGCCUGCUAAGACCUUCCCCAUUGACAAAUUAUUGAGUGUGUUCUAUACAGUCAUAACCCCCAUGCUGAACCCACUAAUCUACACUCUGAGAAACUCAGAGAUGACAAAUGCCAUGAAUAAGCUCUGGAGAAGAAACCUCAUAUCUCAUAUUAAAUAA